GCAUUACAUCUUUAGGGAAAAUUAAAUAACGUUAUGUUCACUCAAAUUGAUUUGUCCAUUUCGUAAGAACCUUUUUAUGGUUCAAAUUGAAUUUGUGGAUUUGUUCUUACCUGCCAUUCAAUUCAAUUGCUCUAAUCAUCUACUUUUUAUCUCAUGUCCUCACUGACUCGUUGUCAUGGACUCGUGCUAGUGUUACUUCUCUAUUACUAACCCCUCCUCACCAAACUCACUCAAUUGCUCUCUCACUCUGACAAUGAAAUGCUGUAUAAUAGCGAGCCUGGAAACUCAACCUCUAUGGUCUGGUUUGCUUUUCGCUUUGGGUUUACUCUGCCUUGUGAGAAUUUUCUUAGCUUUUCUCAGAUGGGUCUAUGUCAAUUUUCUCAGACCUCCCAAAAAUCUCAAGAAUUAUGGAUCCUGGGCACUCGUUACUGCACCUACUGAUGGUAUUGGCAAGAGUUUUGCUUCUCAGUUGGCUCGUGCAGGGCUUAAUCUGGUUCUAGUAGGUCGGAAUCUGGACAAGUUGAAGGAUGUUUCCAAUUUGAUUCGAGCUGCGGUCGGGAAAACUCAGAUUAAGACUGUGGUUGUUGAUUUUACGGGUGAUCUUUCAGAGGGUAUGGUCAAGAUUCAUGAAGCUAUUGAAGGGUUGGAGAUCGGAGUCUUGAUUAAUAAUGUUGGACUAUCUUAUCCUUACGCUAGAUUCUUCCAUGAAGUGGAUGAGAAGCUGCUCAAGAACUUGAUUAGAGUGAAUGUAGAAGGAACUACCAUGGUCACACAAACUGUUCUUCCUGGUAUGCUCAAGAGAAAGAGAGGAGCAAUUGUUAAUAUUGGUUCUGGAUCAUCAGCCGUGAUUCCUUCAGAUCCUCUUUAUGCUGUGUAUGCUGCCACAAAAGCGUACAUAGAUCAAUUCUCAAGAUGUCUCUAUGUUGAAUAUAAGAAAAGUGGGAUUGACGUCCAGUGUCAGGUUCCAUUACAAGUGGCAACAAAGAUGGCAUCCAUAAAGAGAUCUUCAUUUUUUGUGCCAUCAAGUGAGGGAUACGCGAAAGCUGCCGUGCGUUGGAUAGGAUAUGAGCCUCGUUGCUCGCCUCACUGGACGCAUUCCAUCCUGUGGGCGUUGGCAAUGUCGUUGCCUGAGUCUCUCGUUGAUUCUUUGCGCCUCUGGUCCUGUAUUCGGAUUCGACAGAGAGGGCAGCUCAAGGAAGCAAGGAAGAAGGAAUAAGCCAUAAGGGAAACUAUCUUUCAAAGUUUCAAGCUAGUCUGUAUUUGUAGGCUGUAGCAAUAGUUUGGUCUAUUCUUUUUGCCGUACCAUGUUCUGAGUAUUUUUUGUCGUUGUAAUGUUGAGGAUCAUUUGUUAACAAUUCAAGGCAAAUAUAUCACCUAGCAUUGCUUUUCUUAGGCCAGUGAAACUUGAUUCUUGUU